UCAAAUACAUCAUCGCAUCGUAGUCGUACUCCUCCUUGCCCUAACACCAAGCAAAAUAACCACCUUGUGUGUCAGAGGCGAUGUUAUAAGUCCCGUCCACCCAGUCCAAUCCACCACCGGGUUUAGGAAAGGGUUUGGUUAAUCUAUCAUGGGGUGAACUGGCAGACUAGCAGCAUUGUCAAUAAUUCUAUCUACUUCGUCUUAUUACUUCAUUUGACAUUGGGAAUUUAUGUAUAAGGGCUCGUCUUUAAAGUGCUAUAUGUGCUUCCUUCGCCUUCGCCUAUAUUACUUACCUUCCCAUACGAACCAUGCGAUUCAACGCGACGCCAUAUCUCUCGUCCGUCCGCCACUACAUUGUGUUACAUUGUCCUGAAGUCUGAGUUGCGAAGGGCGACAGCUGUGGUACGUAAAGUUGUAGGAGCACGAGUAUUUGAGCAUUUGGUGUUUGGUUCGAAUUGGGGGAUCGAAAGGAAAUAUGUCUCGACCGAUGAUUCUUCGAGAUCGUUCAUGUCUCAUCGCACGAUGUUUUCCGCGUACGCGAUCGUUCUCGGUCACUCAUUGUCGCCGCGAGAUCCUCGAUGUCUCCACUCUUCCCGAUCGCAUCUUGCCUAAGUACAAGGAGAGUUCGACGUCCUCACUGUUAUCUCUCCAGUGGCCGGCACCCCCUCGGAAUAUCCUUAUCAUCCCCAAGCUUCUCGCUCCGAAGGUCACCGCUUCUGCCGCCUCCUUCGCGAGUCAUAUCCACAGCGAAUAUCCCAACCUGAACCUCGUCUUCGAACAUCGGGUCGCGUCCACCAUCCACGAGUCGCUACCCUUUCCCAUCUACACCUCCGAUCCGGGCCAGUUCCCUAACAAGAUCGAUCUUGUAGCCACCUUGGGCGGCGACGGAACCAUCUUGCGCGCAGCUAGCCUUUUUAGCCUCCACGCGUCCGUGCCGCCGAUUUUGUCUUUCAGCAUGGGAACGCUGGGUUUUCUUGGUGAGUGGAAGUUCGAAGAAUAUAAGCGCGCCUGGCGUGAGGUAUACAUGAGCGGUAGCCGCGUCGCCGUCACCGACUUGCAGGGCCCUCAUACGCAGGUCGCUACGAACAGCCGGCCUGACGAAGACGAGGGUCACCUUCAUAGCAAUUGGGACGGUGUUCGUGGGAAGAGUAUGGGGCUCACUCGCUCUAGCAAGAUUCUCCUGCGUCAUCGGCUGAAGGUCGGAGUCUACGACGCCGCCGGCGUCAAUGUGAAUGAGCAGCUCAUGCCGACCUCGACUGCCGAGCCGCAGCAGUCCAUUCCGCAGAAUCCCGACCUCCAGCGGGUAGGAGAAGCGGUAGAGCGACCACUCGCUUCCCGACAAUUCCACGCCGUGAACGAGCUCGUCAUCCACCGUGGCCCGAACCCCCACCUUGCCAUCAUCGAUGUCUACGUCAACAACCACUUCUUGACGGAGGCAGUAGCCGACGGGAUCCUGAUCAGUACGCCGACAGGAUCCACGGCGUAUUCGCUGUCUGCCGGCGGGAGCAUCAUGCACCCGUUGGUCAAGACGUUGCUGAUCACCCCAAUCUGUGCUCGCAGCCUUAGUUUUAGACCCCUCGGCCUUCCCCUGAAUACUAAGGUUGUUCUUAAACUAAGCGAGAAGAACCGCGGGCGGGAACUCGAGGUUAGCAUCGACGGCAAGCGGAGGGCUGGGGUAACCAUCGGAAUGGAGAUUCGAGUCGAAGGAGAAACUGUCGGCCGUACCCCCGACGGUAGCUGGGCCGGUGGCGUACCCUGCGUUAUCCGGUCUCCAAGCAAAGCCGACAGCGAGCGGGAUGGAAUCGCCGAAGACGAUGACGGAUGGGUUGGUGGGUUGAUCGGCCUGCUCAAAUUCAACUAUCCAUUUGGCGAGGGGCAAUGAACCUCUCGAACUCGAUAGGAAUUGGGGCCUUGCCGUUGCUGUAUAAAUUGAUGGGGGCCCGUAGGUGGUCAUCUGAUUUACAUGCGGCCAUCACUGACGAACUCCUGCCGACGUAUUAAGGAAAGGUCAAAUGAGGUUUGAAGAUACCCAUAAAUAAGGUCGAUACAAAGUCGGUGUAGUUUAAAAUAAUAACGCCAUAUCAAAAUUCUACGUCCUUACGAUGAUCGGUCUAGAUUUAUUACGUUUGUGUCGGUUAGAGGCUAACCUCCAGCUUCUACCCAGGGUUCUAAAGUAAAAGGGUUCGUUCUGUGAUACAUAUUAACCCAUGUUUCAAGGAAAGUGUCUAUGAAGUAUCUACACAGGUAUGUAGGAUUGCUCAUGGAUGUGCAUAUCUUCGG